CCGCGUGGAUCAGUUCCUUGGCUCCAAUGCCGGUUUUCAGAUGCCUCAACAGUGCAUUCCUCGUCUUCACUGCAAUCCUCUACGUGUACGCUCACAGAGAUUACCAAGUGUCUUACAUCAAGCAGAAGGUGGACCACUUCAGCUUCAGCAAUCCCGACAAGUUUCGGCAGCGAUAUCUGCUCUACGACAAGAGCUGGAAUGGCAACGGUGGUCCAAUAUUUUUCUACACUGGCAGCGAAAUGAACGUCGAGGUCUUCGCGAAUCAAAUGGGAAUGAUGUACGAUUGGGCCCCCGAAUUCAAGGCAAUGCUUGUGUUUGCUGAGCACCGCUACUAUGGCGAUUCUUUGCCGUACGGAGAACAGUCAUUCAAUGGAAGGGAGAAAAGAGGGUACUUGACAACAGAGCAAGCCUUGGCUGACUUCGCGUACCUGAUUCAACACCUGAAGUCGACAGUGCCCGGAGCUGAAAAAAGCCCUGUGGUGACUUUCGGCGGAGGGUAUGGUGGGAUGCUUGCAGCCUGGAUGCGGCUACGUUAUCCACACCUCGUCAAAGGGGCUUACGCAUCUGGUGCUCCAAUCGCCUACUACAGCGGCGAAGUUCCCUGCGGAAAGUUCUCCCGAGCCGUCACGGACAGUUACAAGAGCCAGUCUCAGAACUGCGCUGCCAGCAUCCGGAAAUCGUGGAACAUCAUGAGCAAGCUCGCGGAGUCGCAAGAUGGACUCGAGUUCUUGACAGAAACAUUCCAGUCGUGCCAGCGGCUCAGCAAAGACAGCAUGACUCAUUUGUAUCAGUGGCUCAAAGAGGCUUACGAGACACUAUCCAUGCUGGACUACCCGUACGAGACAGAGCUCUUUGGGAAGCUACCGGCACACCCGGUCAAAGAAGCCUGUCGCUUUCUGUGGAACCCACUCCAGUCAGACAAAGACCUCAUCCGCAGUCUCCACAAGGCAGCGUCCAUCCUCUACAACAGCACGGGCAACGCUGCGUGUUACAGCAUAGACGCCAACGUGGGGGUCCACUCAGGCUGGAGUUUUCAGACAUGCAGCGAAUUGGUGAUGCCUCAGUGCUCUGACGGCGUGGACGACAUGUUCCCGCCGAAAACGUGGGAUGCGAAGAAGCUGGCCAAAAGGUGUCAACAGCGAUUCGGGGUCACGCCAGAUCCAGGAAGGCUUCGUAUUCUCUACGGUGGUAGUGACAUGGGCGGCAUUACAAACCUCAUUUUCACGAACAAUCAGAGGGACCCCUGGUACUACGGUGGCGUCCUUUCCGGAACAGAGUCCAGAGUGUCCAUAGGCGUGCGCAACGCCGCUCAUCUGUUGGACAUGCGUGCACACAACGAUCAUGAUCCGGUCUCCGUUGCGUGGGCCCGGACGAGGGCAAAGGGAACCUUGUGGCGCUGGCUGCACCCGCGGUUCGAAUUUUUCGGAUAGCCUCA